CCUGCAAUAAAUCUACUAGACAUUGCUGAUAUUAUGAUACAUAUGUGGAGCACUAUCUAUCUUGCUCGUCUGCACCAUUUCCCAUAGGGAAAUACCCUUCUGUUAACGAUCUAGUUGAAGCGACAUUGCGGCAGUUUCACUUCAGAGACCUUUCUUGCGAACCGCGACUAGGUACUGGGGCUAUUGUCCGACCAGUGAGGCUGUGUACCAAGAUGAAUUCUAUCGGGCGCUACACGACGUAACCGACCCCGAAGGUUACCGUAGGGGUCGGUUACUUGGAUUUUUCGCCAAAAUAUCUAGUGAAUGGCCAGGCGAUGGAAUUGGCCGAAUCGACUUCAGGCUCCCAGACAUUGGAUGGGCAUAGAGUUGCCCUACGAGGGUGAUCGGCUAGGAGAGUAUUGUCAGCGUUUUGUCGACAAUGGCAAUUACACGCAGUGGAUCCAUGAUGGUUGGCUCAAGGACUGGUUAAUACUUGACUGUCGUACUUCAUCUCCUCAACCGUAUAAUGUCGUGAACCAGAACUUUGGCGAGCUGUGUUUGCAACAGAUUUUUCUUCAGUUGAAAUCUUGGAUUCCUCUGAUGAGGUGGUUGUUCUGCGGUUUGCCUUGAAA